AUGACCGACUGGUCGAGCAUGAAGGUGGUUGAACUGAGGGCAGUACUGUCCAGCAGAGGCUUGCCCACUAGGGGUGUCAAGGCAGAGCUGAUUCAACGCCUAAAUGAAGCCGACGCCGAUGCUGCCCCGGCAGAGGGCCCCGCGACGGAUGACAGCCCUCCAACGGUCGCUGCCUCCCCAGAGGCCAGUGAUGAAGCGCCUCUGCCAACCCCCGUACCAUCGAGCGAUGCGGCCGCCGAGAUGCAGAAGCGAAAGAGGCGUUCCUCAACACCACCGCCCUCGGCCAAACGAGCUCGACAAGAGGAAGAGCGCCAGGCAGAACAGCGCGAAGACUCUGUACCGCUCGAUGCCAGUACUCAGGACGCAAUCAAAGAGCGCGUGGCCAUAGGAAGGCCCUCUGGGACGCCUCAGACUACAAUUGAGCCACAGCAACCUCAUGUUGGAGAUAUUCCAAUGCCAUCAAUCCAUCCGCCCACGACCUCGUUGUACAUUCGAGAACUCAUGCGGCCACUGAGACCCGAGAUGGUCGAGCAGUACAUUGUCAAGCUGAUAACACCGCCAGGUAGCGAACCUGACGCGAACCUCAUCGAAGAGUCUUAUCUCGAUACAAUUCGCACUCAUGCUUUUGUGCAAUUGGCGUCAGUCGAGGCUGCGCAACGCGUGCGUGCCGCGUUGCACAAUCAGGUGUGGCCCAACGAGCGGAACCGGAAACCACUUUGGGUCGAUUUUGUACCACCGCGUCAAGUCAAGGACUUCAUCGAGCGGGAAGAAACUUCACCCCGAGGCGGACGACGCUGGGAGGUCGUGUACGAGCAGGAUGGUGGAAGCGUGGUGGCGAUCCACCGUGAAGUUGGCUCCGACAGCAAACCGUUUUCGAAGCCACCUCCCACCGGACCGGCAGCUGGCCCGACUUACCCUGGUAUCGAAGCUGCACCUAAGGGACCUCGAGGUAGGGGUGUUCGUCCGCCUUUCGAGACUCCCGGUGGUCCGCAGAGCCAGCAGACCAACGCCCAUCCACGCCUCUUCUUUACCCCUCUCAAUGAAGACGUAGUUCAGCGUCGCCUCGAGAACAUGCGCUCUUUCUACUCACGAGCUCCCCCACCUGAUCUCGGCAAGGACUACCAUCGUUUCACCUUUGAGAACUCGGAUUCCUUUGUCGAUCGCGGCCGCGAGGUCUUCAUCGGCAUCAGGCCUCCCCAUCGGCAAAAGGAGCACGAAGAGCGCCUCCUCGUCCACCUGUCACUGACGAGAAUCGAUUCUCGCGCUAUGAUGGUGGCCGCCGUCCAGAUCGACCCCCAAGGAACCGUGGAUUCCGAGGCGAUCGAGGCCCUGGGCGUUUCCGAGGAGAGGAUCCUUACCGCUACCGGCCUGGCUAUUAAUCAAGCCAGUCAUGAAGGCCAGAGCCAGGGACAUCAUGGAUGA